AUGAAUUUCUUGAUAACUGGAAUUAUUCUGAUUUGUUUUGUACUUGUUGAAGGUCAGGAGCCGUACGCUUCUCCCAAACUGGGCCAGUUGGUGCCCACAAUAAGACAACAAAAUUAUGAAUUAAGACCUGAAGAUGACAAUUACUAUCUGCGCCUAACCUCACCUUAUGGUGGAACUCGCGAGGAACACGUCGAGUUGCUUACGGACGAGAACGGCAAGAAAGUGCUCACUGUCAAAGGAUCAUUGAACUUAGUCUACAGAGAUACACCACUCGAAGUGACUGUUGUAUAUGAGGCCGAUGGAAAUGGCUACAGGGCGAAAUAUAUGUACGUUCCGGCACAUACCAAAGAAAUACCUUCAAUAGCAGCCAGCUUAAAUCUCUUAAAAUCCGCAGCUGGUUAAAACGAAAAAUAUGUAGUGAAGUGAAUAGUAAUAUAUGUACAGGGUGCUUUCCAAAGUGAACAGGGGCUUUUAAAGAAGGCUACUCUGAAUUUUACGACAUUUGAACGAAUGAGGUGAUGGUAUUUUUGUGUCAUGCGCUCAAAAAUUUGUAACGAGCGCCCAAUUAAUGUUAAGUUUCACCUUCAACUUGAUAGAUCACUUACCUUAAUAUUGUGCAAUUGAGGAACCAAGUGAUGAUUAUUUCCUUAAAAGUCCUUCGUAUACGCAUAUGCUUGAGAGAUAAAGUUUGGACUUCUCCACCUACUUGCAUCAUGCUAACUUGUAAAAGGAAACACGCACGUGGCUCCUUUGCACAGCGAUUGGGAUUUAAGUGAGCGGUUUUUCAUUGCAGAAGUAAACUGGCGAUUAGUCAUAGAUGCUAUUAGUCAGAGGAGUCAGGAUUUACUAUCGAAAUGUUACGCUCAUGCCCACUUGGCAACUACGGGCGCUAAUGAGUUGUGCACACAUUUUCGAAAGGAUCGUGGAAACCUAAAUGGCAAGCAACAUAUUGAACAGCAUAAAUUCGUACUCUAUAACACUAAGCGAGAAUUCACCAAAUAUCAUAUAAUUUGUUGGUGGCUCUUUCGCAAAAGCCAAUUGAUGCCCAAAGAUGCUUAGGGUUCUACGUUCGAAAGACAUGAUCAAGAAUUCUUAAAAUGAAAAGGAAAAACACCUUCUGUUACAGCAUUAAUUAAGGAAAUUAUUUCCAAUAUCUUUCCAAAAUCACGCGCCCAAGGAAAGUGUGUAAGGCGAGAGACGACCAAACUCCCUAAUGUCGCUUUGACAAAUCAUAACUUAAAUCAGUGAUGUGCCCCUUCUACGAUCCCGUGGCGCCUAGAUCAGUCCGUUAAUGCUAUUUUGCUAUUUUAAAGUGUUUAGUGAACUAAAUCGACAAUGUUUGGUUAAAAACAUGCAAAGAAUUAAAAAAUAAAAAAGUAAAAUUGCAUUUUACUUAAUCCUGAAUCAUUCUCUGUAUGUUUGCCUAUUUGGCACAUUUACUUUAUCAGAAAAAUGCACUUGCCAAUCAAUAAUCCAUCCAAAGAGUUUGUAUCGACUUCCUCAAGGGCAUCCGAGUCGGCGACUUUUAACUCGCAUUCGACAUUCCUUUAAACAGCGCAUAUCGCGACACUGAGAUGGAGCAGGACUAUUUUGCUUAAAAUAUAUGCAAAAAACCAAAAACGCUUCCAUUUAUAGUUGAGAAUUGUUGGAAAGCUUUUGAAAACACCCUGUUUGCCUCCUUGUACAUAUAUUAUAUUAUAAAUACAUUAAUUUAUUAGAUAAAGCUCAUUAAUUUAUUUUUGAUACGAAUGUUAAAGUCAUAAAAUACAUUUGUAGUACGAAGUUAUAAAAGGUGAUCAAUUUAGAGGCAUCGGAUACUAAAUUGAAA